UCCAAGAUUGUAUUUUUGUCUAGCCAAUUUCAAAAUUCUAGUUUACACUCACAUUCCAUAGAACACAAAUAGACUACUUUAUUAUUCGUUGAAACAACUAACAUUUUUUCAAAGUAUUUACAUGUUUUGACAAUGGAAGACAAACAAUUUCUUUGGCAAGUUUUUCAACGAGUGGAUUUGGAUAAAAGUGGUUACAUAAGCUCUACAGAACUCCAACAAUCACUAUUAAAUGGUUCAUGGGAACCGUUCAACCUAGAAACUUGUCGACUCAUGAUAAAAAUGUUUGACAAGGAGAAGAAAGGGAUGAUUUCGUUCCAGGACUUUGGUGCAUUAUGGAAUUACAUCACAGAGUGGCAAAAUUGCUUCAGAGGCUUCGACAAGGAUAACUCUGGAAGUAUCAACAAUCAUGAACUUCUAACUGCUCUUCAGACUUUUGGGAUGAAAUUUCCUCUGAAAACAGUCGAUGUCAUUAUAAAACGAUUCGAAAAAGGGACCGAGGGGAAUAUAUUCUUGGAUGACUUCAUUCACUGCUGUGUAAUCCUUCAAAAUAUUACAAACGGAUUUAAAAAACUGGACCCAUAUAAUAGAGGGGAGAUCAAUGUAAAGUAUGAAGACUUUGUUGAGUUGAUUUUUGAAGCUGGCCUUUGAAGCUGGCCUUUGAAGCUGGAACAAAUCAGUUUGUUAUUCAAACAUGGGGUAUGUAAAAUAAACUAUUGGUGUG